CCUCUUCCUGCAAAUCACAUGAGAUUGUGUCUGACCUGCACCAUGUACAGCCGGCUUCUACUCCUCGCCCUGGUCUCCUGGGUCCAGGCAGGGCUCUACUACCAGCCGGGGCAGAGCUGCUACAAGCCUAUAGCUAGAGGAGACUUCGGGCAGAAGACAUACCCAAGGCCACACGAAUACCUCUCUAUAAAUAGUCUGCCAAAUGCUUGGGACUGGCGUAAUGUCAAGGGCUUCAACUUCGUCAGCACUACACGAAACCAGCACAUCCCUCAGUACUGCGGAUCAUGUUGGGCACAUGGGAGUACCAGCGCCAUGGCAGAUCGCUUAAACAUCAAGAGGAAAGGGGCCUGGCCAUCUGCCUACCUGUCUGUACAGAAUGUGAUUGACUGCGGCGAGUCAGGAUCUUGUGAGGGUGGAGACCAUGGAGGGGUCUGGCAAUAUGCAAAUAGCCAUGGUAUACCUGAUGAAACCUGCAACAAUUACCAGGCCAAGGACCAAGACUGCAACAAAUUCAACCAGUGUGGUACCUGCGUGACGUUUGGGAAGUGCUUCACCCUCUCUAACUACACGCUGUGGAAGGUCGGAGAUUACGGCUCUGUCAGUGGGAGAGAGAAGAUGAUGGCUGAGAUCUAUAAGAAUGGACCAAUCAGCUGUGGUAUAAUGGCUACAGAAAAACUAGAUGCCUACACUGGGGGCCUGUAUGCCGAGUACCAGCUCAGUCCCAUGGUGAAUCACAUAGUGUCUGUGGCCGGCUGGGGUGUGGAUGAGAGCGGCGUGGAAUACUGGAUUGUCCGCAACUCCUGGGGAGAACCUUGGGGGGAAAUGGGCUGGCUACGUAUUGUAACAAGCACAUAUAAAGGAGGAAAGGGAGCAGACUACAACCUGGCCAUUGAGGAGGACUGUGCCUAUGGUGAUGUUAUACUUCCAUAAUUUAAUAAGUAUAAUCGCAAUGGGAAAAAGCUGCUACAGCCACUGCAACCUCCGCACUGGAAAUGAUCAAAGCGAUGCAGACAAAUCAGCACACGCUGCUUACCAAGGGGACUCCUAAAUGCAUUCAUAGGACUGAAAAGUGGGGAACGCAGUACUGGUGCCAUGUAUUCCUCACCAGGGCCUGGAAGACAGAACUACACACACACACACACACACACACACA